GGGCGUGCCCGGACUUCCGGGUAGGCGGUGGGCUUUCGGGUUCCGGGUUUCCUGGUGGGAGCCGGGAACCGCCAGGAAAGUGGCCGGCGCUGCGGCCCGGGGACGGGGCCAUGGAGAAGCUGCGGCGGGUCCUGAGCGGCCAGGACGACGAGGAGCAGGGCCUCACCGCGCAGGUCCUGGACUCCUCGUCCCUCAGUUUCAGCACCCGGUUGAAGUGGUUUGCCAUAUGCUUCGUGUGCGGCGUCUUCUUUUCUAUCCUUGGCACUGGAUUGCUGUGGCUUCCGGGCGGCAUAAAGCUCUUUGCAGUGUUUUAUACCCUUGGCAAUCUUGCUGCCCUAGCCAGUACAUGCUUCUUAAUGGGACCUAUGAAGCAACUGAAGAAAAUGUUUGAAACAACAAGAUUGCUAGCAACAAUCCUUAUGCUUCUAUGCCUCGUGCUUACCCUGUGUGCUGCUCUUUGGCACAAAAAGGGACUGGCCUUGUUAUUCUGCAUAUUGCAAUUCUUGUCAAUGACCUGGUAUAGCCUGUCAUACAUCCCAUAUGCAAGGGAUGCAGUUAUUAAAUGCUGUUCUUCUGUCCUAAGUUGAAAGUCAAACAUUCGUGGAAAAGAACAUUUGAAUGUCAAUACUGUUUUUGGUGAAGUGUGCUUUUUGCGAUAAAAUAAUCACUCCCAAACAACUGCAGUGACAGUUUAAGACCAUUUUGUACUAAGACCAUUUUGUACUAAGACCAUUUUGUGUACUUGUAAAAACUGCAUGCUUGAUUAAACUGUUAAAUGCUUGUAACUUUAAAUCCAUACGUGUCAUUAAUAUCCUCAUCCAAAAAUAAGAUUUUUAAUCAUCACCAGUUGUAAAUUAUUUUUUGCCAGUUUUUAAAUCUUUUCAAAAACAGCUUUUGAAAUGUGAAUAUUUAAGGGUGAGCCUGUGCUGCAGGAUAUAUUCAGCUUUUUUGACUUUUUUAAAUGUCUACAUUUUUAAGACUUUUAAAAAAACUUUAAAUGUGAAACUAUUCUAAGCUAAAAAUUGAGUAUUGUGUGUAAUAAAAAUAAUAUAUAGAUCUUUACCAUUUUGAAAUAAAUCCACUCUUGGAAAAAUAA